GAGAUAGGCUACGUGGUAUUUUUCGGGUUUGAAAAGUGGAAGCCAGCUGUCAGGAACAACAUGACAGCAACAAAUUAUUUGGAUCUAGAUAUUAAUAAAUUGUUCGAGGAGCACACCAUCAAAGAGAUCGAAGAGAUCCAGAAAAAAAUCCAGCUGGAAAGCGAUAGAAAGAAAAUAGAAUUGCGAACACUAGUUGGAGAAAGGUAUCGGGAUUUAAUACUGGCUGCAGACACAAUUAGGAAAAUGAAAAUAACGUCAGAGCAAGUUACCAAAGGAAUCGCUAGCAUAGAAGAUAAUUUUAGGGAAUUGCAAAAAAAGUACCUUAUUGGUUUCAAAACGGAAUCAAUCGAAGAUAAAGCAGACAGGAAGGGACAUGUUUCAGAUUCCAUUAUUAUUCAAAUCAAAAUUCUAAUGGACAUUCCACAGUACAUAUGGACGAGCAUUGAGAAUCAGAAUUUGCUAUUUGCAACGCAGUUGUAUAUAAUAGCGCAACACAUAAAUUACAGUUUAAUGUUUGAAGUAGGCAGCGCAGAGCUGUCACGCAAGUACCCGAUCGUUGCGAAGCAAUGGGACGUCAUCACUCAAUUUAAGAAUAUUAUAUCUAGCGAGUGUAACAACAUAUUGCAAUCGCUAGAUGUUUCAGCUAUAAACGCCGCAAACUGCCUGGUGUCUCUUGUAUUUCUAAAUGAAUCUUCAUUUGUGGACCUCGUGGAGAAAUUAAUAGCCACAAGAAGUCACGCCCUCGAGGCUGUAAUUAAAAAUGAAAAUUAUGAUAGCGUGAAGAAUAAGUUGAAAUUGUGUAUGAAAAUACUUAUACAGACUGUCCAUAUAAUAUAUUCAUGUUUCAUAAACGCGGAUAAUGCACCGGGAGGUUUGGUCUUGCAAUAUAUAACGGACAUAAAAGAUCAGGAGGCAUAUUGCUUGCUGUCGCAGCUUGAUUUAAAUCAGGAUUUACUCGAGGAGUUCCUGCCAUCCGUUACCAAAAAGCAUAAGCCGUUUGUUCAAGACAUACCAAAGAGCUUUUCCUCGACGAUUCUCCAAGACAAUAUCAAGUCUUGGUUGAAAUGGGUCAAUGAUUUCUCUAACGUCGAAGUCGCCAAGCUAUUAGAUUUAAUAAUUUCCAUCAAAGGCCUGUACAACGUUCGGGAGGAAGCUAUCAGCGUGAAUCUGCCUGAAAACUGGAAUUCCAUUUGGGAGGAGCUUUCCUUACCGAGAAUAAGUUUCUGGACCGAAUUCUUCCAGCCUAUCAUAACUAAGCGAGCAAAAAGUAUUAUAAUGGACAAAUGGACGGAUGCACUUGCCGACUUAAAGUCCAAUAUAAUAAAAUUACUUGACAAAGUGGCGCACGACAAGUUCGAGUUUCCGGAACACGAUUUACGGUGGUACGUGUGGAAGGAUUCUCCCACCGAUAUUCCACAAAAGCUUACGAAGAACGGCGGAUUGGAUAACAAGAGAUCAUUACUAAUGAAAACUAAGAGUUAUUCCCCUAACGUGAUCAAGCUGUGCGAGACAUUUAACGAGAGUUUGUACACGCUGCUAUGCGAUCUCGAGCACUAUUUAUACGCAACCGAGCGAGUGAUAACGAUUAAAGAUAGCUUGCUCUCGGCGAACAUAUCUCUAAUUGCAAAUUCGUUCUCCGAUCGUAACGAGGUCCAAGAGCAUUUGCAAGCAGUCAGCACCGAAAAAGUCGAAGGGCUUGUAAAAUUCGUUGAGAAUGCAUGCGUGAACGAUAAACCGGAACACGGGCAGCGCGAUAUAAACGCCAUAGUACUGGCAAGAUUCCUUCUCGCGUUGACGACCUUGUGCCCGAAUUUAAAUAAAUGUUUCACGUUGUCCAAAGUAUCCGGGCUGGCUGUCACGAACGUUAAGUGGCAAGCAAUUUGCGACAACCUGAAGGAGGAAAGUACUUCCCUGUGGUGCAUUUGGGCCAGUGUAUACAAAGCUAAGAUAUCUGAGCAUAUGAAGAAGUACAUAUUGCGAGAACCGAUUGACGGAUUGCGCGUUCACUGGAUCGUCUCGGAGUGGGAAAGAGUUACCAUCGAGGAAGAAUCCGGAGAGGGGAAACGAAUAAAGUCCGAGAUCCUAGUGCCGUAUCAACCAUCGGUACCUCUGCAGAAGUUUUUGACAGCCAUCUGCAGAGAUUUAAAUAAGAUUAUAUCUCACACGCUUCCGAAGAGGGUGCUGCAGCAAAUUGUUGAAAAUAUUAUUACGAUAUUAUUUAACUAUUAUCUGAACGCAGCAAGGAAUGUAGAUCUAAGACAAAAGCAAGCGUUUCAAGUAUUGUACGACAUAAGGUACUGUACACUGUUGAUGGUGCCACGCGAAAACAAGGUUCUUAACGAGUUAUCCAGCAGAAGUUGUGACGCGGUGCUCGCGAAGAUAGAUCCGUUCGACUAUGACGUUUUCGAUCCAUUCAUUCGCGUCAACAUCAAGAAAUCUGUUCAGAGAUCCUUGUUGCUAUUCGGAAACUUGGUGUCUCAUUUGGAGCAAUUGCACUCGACCUUGGGUGCGCGCAAUGAACAUGCGAACAGCGAUGGUGGAAAGGCCGAACCGCCGGCAGUGCUUGCUGUUUGUACGGGGGCACCAUGGUUCCCGCCGCUAACUGUGACCGCUCCUACGAGAAACUUGCCGAUUUUACCGGUGCCGAUGCCCGAUAAAGCACAGCGCAAGAAAGUUACGAAAGAGAGUACGAGAGCAGAUUCCACCAGCGCAACGAUAAAAUCCGGAGCAGCCGCAUUUUUCGGCGCAAUGGGAUCGGAUUGGUUCGGUAGUAGCAGUUAACUAAUUUGUUAAUUAUUCUCCCAGCUUUGCAUGGAUUGUAAAUAUCGUUAUAUAUCACACGCAUUGUGUAAAUAAUAUGUCAAUGGAAAAUAUCUUUUUACCAUGUUGUAUUAUCUGUUUUAUACCAAUAAAUUAAAUUGACAAGUCAAUAAA